GCUGCACAGCCUCAACUUUCCUUUGAGCAGAACGUUGCAUGGCUGCAUACUUGCAUGCCGAAAGCAGGCCGCAAUCCUGAAUCGUUAAUCUUGUAAGAUAUUGGUGUUUCCAUGAGUGACAAUAAGAACUGGAAUGGCGGGGCGGAGAUGCCAGUCGCCAUUCGUGUGCUUCACACGGGUGUCGGUAUUGGCGUAGGCUGCGGCGUGGGCAUCGGCUUUGGGCGGCCCCUGGACCUGGGCGCCAUACCCGCCGUGGGCCAGGCGGUGUCAGGCAUGUCGGCUGGGCUGGGCCAGGUCAGCGGCGCGCUGGGCGGCGCCGGCGCCUGGGUGCAGGCCGCCGCAGGCAAGCUGGGAGUCAAGGGCCUGAACGCGGGUCUGGGCUGCGGCGUGGGCAUUGGCUAUGGAUUUGGCGCGGGGCUGUUUCUGAAGCCGUCAGCGGCCGAGCAGCUGCUGAGGUCUGUAGAGUCCGCAGCUGGCAGCUUGAUGCGCCAGGCGCAGUCGAAACUGCAGGAAGCUGGCAUCCAGCUCCCGGGGGCAGCGCAGCCUGCGGCGGGGAGCCACCUGCAGCAGCAGCAACCAGGCGUCUCAGCCUCUGCUCCAUCGCCGCAGGGGCCAGGGGCUGAGGCCGGGGUUGGGGCUGGGACCGGCACGUUGUCAAGUGCCGGGUGGGACACAGCGGCACAAACCCACCACCAGGCGCAGCAUGGGAGCGAGUCCGGGCUCGGCGCACCUGGGCCGUCCCGACCGGAUGCGUCAGCACUGAGCGGGCUGCUGUCGCCCGCACUCGCGGGCGGCUUGAGGUCCGGGCUAGGGUUUGGUGACUUGGGUCCAGCAGCGCCACAGGGGCCGGGUACACCAGCAGCAGGCGCACCAAGCGCAGGCACUUCGGGAUAUCUUCGAGGCAGCAGCACAGGCGGCAGUGGCGGCGGCGCCAUUGGCGGCGGUGCCGCAGGCGCUGGCCCCGAGGAGUUCCGGGCGCUGCUGCGGCAUGAGCAGGAGAUAACGCGACUCAAGGCCCAGAACAGGGCGCUGAGGCGGGCCGUGUGCAAGCUGGACAAGCGGCUUCCCAUUUGCCGAGAGCCCAUCACAGAAGACGAUGGGUUUGGCUGAGACAGGAAGGCUUCUGCUGUGGGAUACCGUACCAUCAUACUCAACUGAGCAACGGUGCAUACGACAGCGGUUUACGCAUGGCGCUUUGGCUCUCGAAUGGCCAUUGCCGGGUAUCUGUGUUGGGUACACGCGUGUUUCUACGGCACUCACGGAGGUUGACGAAGGUUGCCCGGUCGGUUCGGACAGGUUCGGAUUACUGUUGUGCAAGUCGUGCAUGAUAACUGUGCGGUGUUGGUGUGCGUUUUGCGUGCUGCGGUUGAAAGGAGGUCGUUGCAGCCCCAGUGGGCAGUGGCGCCUCCGACGCGGAACGUGACUGCAGCCCAUCAGCAGCCAGCAGGUGAAGGAGCACACUUGGGAGGUAGGCGACAGCAUGUGACGAUUACGGGAUAUUGACGUGCUUGACAAACGCAACAUGCACAAGCGAACAUGACGUUGUGGGAUAUCCAGGUGCAAUGCGCUGGGAUGCGGGUGACUGAGGGGAAGCAGAGUCGAACUGUGACGGGUAUGGCUGGCGUUCACAGGAGUAAAGUAGCUGGAGGUGUAGGCAGGCAACUCUAGCUGCGGCAAGGCGAGGACUGCCUUUGGAUCCAGCUGCUGCUGCAGUGCUCUCAUCCCAGUUUCCAUCAUCCCACAUUCAACCCGUUCUAUGUCGGGGGCCCACUCAUGCCAGGCUGAUGACAGAUCAUCCAGACCCAAAUC